ACAAAAAAAUCGUCCAAAAUAGAGGAGAGAGCUCUGGUUGCUGCUGCAAAAAUGGCUAAUAGGUAAGAGACACAUUUAUUUUUGUAAUUAUAUUAUUCAAAUGCUAUUAUGAUUGUGUUUAGUUUUAAUUAGUGAGUUUGUUUUUUUUUAUGUAGUGAUUUUAGAAGAUUUGAACUAGUCGUUCGGUGGAAAUCGGAGAAAGUAGAGGAUAAUUUGGGCGUCAAAUUCAUUGGUGGUAGUAGUUUUUAGUUGACGGUUCCAUCCAGGGUCACAUAUCACAAACUUUGUGAGAAUCUAAUUCCGAGAAUACGGCGCAGAGACGAAGCAGUACAAGAUAGUGAUGUGAUCACAGGUUUCACUUACCGUCUUCCAGAAUGGCAGAAUGGUCUUUUAUUUCAUUAUGCAAUACCUAUUGUGGAUGAUGAUAGCUUGAAUGUGAUUUGGACUUUUAUGGCACAAAAUCCUUAUUGUUUGGGUGCUGAGAUACAUGUUGAGCUCAGUGAGGAUCAGGGUGGAGAGGAAGAAGAUGAUACAUGGAGCGUGCCAUCCGAUAAUGACUAUGAUGACGGUGAUGACGGAGAGGAGGAAGAUGAGGAGGAGGAGGAGGAGGAGGAGGAGGAAGAGGGAGAAGGAGAGCAGCCUAAUUAUCCUCCAUAUUUUUACUUGCAGGGUGAUAAAGAGGACGAUGAAUUAUCACUUGCUGAUUCAUAUGGUGUAAUUCCAAUGCCUAUUGUUGAUAGUUUUGAAGGAGAAUUCUACAAGGGGCAGAUAUUUCACUCGAAACAAGCUGCACAGAUGGCGAUUAAACACCACGCACUACAACGCAACUUUCAAUAUGGCGUGGUGGAGUCGCCACCUUAAAUCUGGAAGGUCAGAUGCUUGAGGCACAAGGAUGACAAUUGUCCUUGGAUGGUGCGGUUUGGAUGCCGAGAUAUUGGAGGCGAAUGGACUGUGAGAAAGGCUGAGUUGGUGCAUUCUUGUAGCAGUACGACUCAACCAACGGAUCAUUGUCAUCUUGAUGUCGACAUGAUAUCUGAGGCCGUCAAACAUUUGGUACGUGCCCAACCAAAUCUGAGUGUUCUAACUGUUCAGGCCGAGUUGAAAGAUAAGUUUAAUAUGCAAGUUACUUACAAGAAGGCUUGGUAUGGGAAACAAAGAGCAUUGGAGAAG